UCAAGACGAUUUCCCAGCCCACAGUCCCAAAGUCAGUCAGUUGCUCAGUCAAGUCUGGCAACUGGUCGCGCGAGCAAUGGAAAAGUCGCAUUUAAAAUUUCCCCACGAAAUUCGCGAUGUGGAGGAGUCGACAAAUGCCGAACUGCUGGAGUACUUCAAAGGCGAGCGGACUGGUUUUGUUCAGGUUGGAGGCGAGGGCUACUUCUUUCCAGUCAAAUUCAAAGACGAGGCGGAUAAGUAUUACAACUUUGAGGCUCGACCUAAUGACGUCUGGAUAGUGACCGUGCCCAGAUCGGGAACCACUUGGACACAGGAGCUCAUCUGGCUGCUGGCCAAUGGACUGGACUUUGAGCAAGCCCAGCGGCGACCUCUCACCGAGCGUUUCCCCUUCUUUGAGUUUCCACUCUUUAUGCACAGCCAGGUCAAGGCAGAGCUUCUGGAGGAGAACCACCACUCAGCUGGUGCCGCGGAAUUUAUUGAGAAAAUUUCACGGCCGGGAUACGAGGUCCUCAGUGAGGUGCCUUCUUCCGAGCGACGCUUUAUCAAGACGCACUUUCCAUUCUCCCUGUUGCCGCCGAGUGUACUACAGAACAAAUGCAAGAUCGUUUACGUGUCCCGCAAUCCCAAGGACGUUGCAGUCUCGUAUUACCACUUGAACAGGCUCUUCCGCACUCAAGGAUACAUCGGGGACUUUGAGCGCUACUGGCGCUACUUCCAGAGAGGAUUGAAUCCCUGGCUGCCGUACCAUAGCCAUGUGAAUGAAGCCCGGAACCAUAGCCACUUGAGCAACGUUCUCUAUCUGUGUUACGAGGACAUGCUGAGGGAUCUGUCGGGUACUGUGCAAAGCAUUAGCACCUUUUUGGAUUGUGUACCGAGUGCCGAGGACCUGGACAAAUUGCUCGACCAUCUAAGCAUUCGAAACUUUCGCGAGAACAAGUCGGUGAACAUGCACGAAAUGGCCUCCGUUGGAAUCCUCAAUAAAAACGAGGCGGGCUUCGUCCGAAGCGGCGGAGAGGAUGCCAAAAAUGGUACCCACCCCCAAAAGGAGUUUGUCGAUAAUCCCAAGUUGCUCAAAAGCGCCAACGAAUGGAUCGAACAGAAUGUUAAAUGCUUCAGAAAAAUAUGAAACGGGUGCAGAAAUAGAGCUCGAUGUCACUUAUUUUGUUUGGUACUUGAA